AUGGAUGUAGUUCAAUAUUCAGAAUUAAUAUUUCAGAUCUUGAUAACUACCCCAAAGGAGGAGAAAAGAUUGAGGCAAAUUCCCAAUGAUAAGACGAUUUAUGGUAUUUCAGAUUGUGAAGCUCAAGUAACAGUAGAGACAGACAACCCUGGAAACCGCGGUAACUGGAGUCCUUUGGUCAGAUGUUUACCUGGAAGCUACAUUCACGCUGUCCGCAUUAAGUAUGAUGAGUACUCAGGCGACGAUGCCAUUGGAGUAAGCCAGCUGCAGAUAUUUUGUAGUUUCCCCAAUGGAUAUGAAGCCAAUAACAUGGUCAUAGGAGUAUCUGACUACGAACCUGAUGGGACAUGGCUGCCUUACCAACGAUGCCCCUCUGGGACUUGGAUCAAGGCCUGGGACCAGAGUGUCAUGCCUUUUGCUGGGCCCUUUGCAGAUAACGACGCCUUGAAUAACCUCGUUUUCCACUGCUCCGCGGAUGUGAACGGCCGUUUGGGCUUAGGGACAACACUGGAGGGCACAGGCGAUGCUCGCUACCCCCCGAGCUCAGCCGAGUGCCCCUUCUCCAUGGUUGCGUGCGGUGUGCAGACCAGAGUCCAAAAGGACCAAGGAACUAAAGAUGACACCGCUAUGAACCACAUACAGUUUGAGUGCUGUUUCAUGGACCUGUGA